CUCCGUAAUAAUUUUACAUUUUUAUCUCAAAUAACCCAACUUUUUGGAACACCUUAUAAUCCAGUCUAGGCCUUCCUACACAAGAAGUACUAGCACAUUUUGCUUUACCUAUUCAAUAGGAAGUUUCGCAUUUUCAGGUGAUUUUGUUAGUGAAGAAUGAAUAUUGAUGAAUUAUUAAGGGAGUCCAAACCCCUAAAACUUCCAGUUAAGAGUGCUAUCUAUGCAUGGGGAUACAACCAACGUGGGCAAACAGGAAGGAAAUGUAAGGAAUCUCAUCUGAGGAUUCCUAAACAUCUUCCACCUGAGCUUUUUGGUAGUCCAGGAGCUGGGAAUUCACGGUGGUUAGAUAUUGCUUGUGGUCGAGAGCAUACUGCAGCUGUGGCCUCAGACGGGUCUCUUUUCACUUGGGGGGCAAAUGACUUUGGUCAGUUGGGAGAUGGAUCUGAGGAAGCUAGAAAACACCCUCAAAAAGUGAAGGCAUUGGAAACAGAAUUUGUGAAAUCUGUGUCCUGCGGGGCUCAUUGUACAGCUGCUAUUGCAGAAUCUCGCGAUAAUGGGACCAUCUCCACUAGUAGACUUUGGAUGUGGGGGCAAAAUCAGGGUUCAAAUUAUCCACGUCUCUAUUGGGGGGCCUUUAAACCAAACACGAUCAUUCGCCAAGUUUCUUGUGGGGCAGUUCAUGCUGUGGCUUUAUCAGAUGAUGGCCUGGUACAAGCAUGGGGUUACAAUGAAUACGGUCAACUUGGAAGAGGUUUUACUUGUGAAGGACUACAGAAGGCUCGAAUUUUAAAUGGUUUUGCGAGGUUUCUUGAUGAAGCCUCUGAGCUUGUUAAGAUAAUCCAAGUGUCAUGCGGGGAGUACCACACUGCAGCUAUAUCAGAAUAUGGAGAGUUAUAUACUUGGGGGCUAGGAAAUAUGGGUCAACUUGGUCAUGUUUCGCUUCAGUGUGGUGACAAAGAACUCUUGCCCAGGCGAGUGGCUGCUCUUAAUGAUAUAAUAAUUAGGGAUGUGGCAUGUGGCGGGGUACAUACUUGUGCUAUAUCUGUGAAGGGAGCUCUUUAUGCUUGGGGUGGCGGUCAAGCUGCACAACUAGGUCUUGGCCCACAGAAUAGUCUUUUCUCUUGCAUUCCAAAUGAGUGUUAUUCGUUGUUCCGAAAUAUUCCUGUCUUGGUUCUUUCUGAAGGUGUGGAACUUGUUUCAUGUGGACAUUCUCAUACUUUAAUUUGCACAAGAGAUGGAAAGAUUCGUGGAUGGGGUUAUAACAGUUAUGGUCAAGCAGCUAAUGGCAAAUCCUUAUAUGCAUGGUAUCCAUCACCAGUUGACUGGUGCGUUGGAGAGGUACGAAAAUUAGCUGCUGGUGGUGGCCAUUCAGCUGUACAGACUGAUGCAUGUUCCCUGAAAGAGUUAUGUGAAUUCAGCCUUGCUGACAGUGUGACUCCUUCAAAUGUGUCUGUGAUCAGCGAUGUUGCUUACAGAACAGGGUCCGAUGCUUUAGCACGCCUUUGUGAAAAACUGAGUCUUCAGCACAGGUAUGCUUAGUGGUGGAGACUGCAACUGCCGAGAUUGACGUGGUUCGAUGGAGUCCAAAUUCGACAACCCGAAGAAGUGAAGCUGCUGAACCCUACCUUCUAUUGUUAUUCAUUCGACAUUGUUGCUGAUCAGGAUUUUCCGAAAUCAAACCACUAUUGAUUUAUUAUUCAAUCAAGCAUUGGUGGAUUGUUUACUCAUCUGUAAAUUAUACUCUCUACUCUGUAGUUAGGUGGUCUCCAUUUGGAGUUAUUUGUAUACGUGUCUAUGUUGUAAAAGGGAGGAAGCAAAAGGCAGGAGCUUGUCAGAUAAUAAAGAAAAUGUACCUUCAUGUUAAAUCAAUACUUUCGUUUAAU